AUGCACCUCUCCGCUUGGAUUUUCAUUCUGUGUUUGAAAACCGCGAUUGCCAAAGCCACCUGCUAUAGUCCAGACGGCAAUGAAGUGACCGAGGAAUCUUACGUCCCUUGCAUUGCCAUUGAUGGCGUACACUCCAUGUGUUGCAAGAUGAAUCAUACAAAUCCGGAUACAUGCGAUCCAAAUGGACUAUGUUUCUCAACCAAGGGCUACUACUGGAGAGAGUUCUGCACAGAUCCGACGUGGGAAAGUCCGAACUGCCUACCUAAAACCGUCUGCUCUGACAAUACAGGUGGACAAUCGAAUCGAACGGCUAUGUUGACGCCAUGUCUAGGUGACUCUGCAGGGUCAUUCUGCUGCGGCAAAAAUAGAGACUGUUGCGGAACUGGAAACGAGACAACCCUAAACUCCACACUCGUCUCAAUCACUCCCUUCAAUUCCGCAGAAACAACGAGUGAAUCACAGAAUGGCGAUGGCGAUUCAUCGUCGAAAGUUGCAAUCGGGGUUGGUGUUGGCGUCCCUCUGGGUGUACUGGCUAUCUCAAUGCUUGGCUUCGGGUUCUGGUGGGGCAGGAAAAAAGCGCGCGCCGAGUCGCAAGCACUUCAGGGUCAAUUCCAGAGCCAAAUGGAAAGCAUUCAGCAAAGUGAACCUCGGCAACUAUCUUCGAAACCGAUACUCGAAGCUGAUCACGGCACUAUCGGACCCACCGAGUUGCCAAACGGCGACGAGGAGAACAAACCAAUACACCCCAUACCUAACGCCACAGUCGUUUAG